CUCGGGAGGCUGCGGGGUGGGGCGGGACUGCGCCGAGCCUCUCUGCCUGCGUCCACUGGUGCGACGGCCAAGGGUGGGCGCAGGUCCUUGAAGGCGCACCACUGCAGACUAAACAAAAAGAAACUUGGGGUGCCGGUUGGCGGGGCGUUGGGUUGACUUUUCGUGCGUGGUCUUUAGGAUCAGCUGCUCCAGGAAGCGAGAUGUCGAAGCCGCCACCCAAACCGGUCAAACCAGGGCAAGUUAAAGUGUUCAGAGCUCUUUAUACAUUUGAACCCAGAACUCCAGAUGAAUUGUACUUUGAGGAAGGUGAUAUUAUCUACAUUACUGACAUGACUGAUACCAAUUGGUGGAAAGGCACCUCCAAAGGCAGGACUGGACUAAUCCCGAGCAACUAUGUGGCUGAGCAGGCAGAAUCCAUUGACAAUCCAUUGCAUGAAGCUGCAAAAAGAGGCAACUUGAGCUGGUUGAGAGAGUGUUUGGACAACCGAGUCGGUGUUAAUGGCUUAGACAAAGCUGGAAGCACUGCCUUAUAUUGGGCUUGUCACGGGGGCCACAAAGAUAUAGUAGAAAUGCUAUUUACUCAACCAAACAUUGAACUGAAUCAACAGAACAAGUUGGGAGACACAGCUUUGCAUGCUGCUGCCUGGAAGGGUUAUGCAGAUAUUGUCGAGUUGCUUCUGGGAAAAGGUGCUAGGACAGACUUAAGAAACAAUGAGAAGAAGCUGGCCCUGGACAUGGCUACUAAUGCUGCCUGUGCAACUCUCCUGAAAAAGAAACAGGGAACAGAUGCCGUUCGAACAUUAAGCAAUGCUGAAGAGUAUCUUGAUGAAGAUGAUUCAGAUUAAUUCCCUUCCGGAGCUUUAAGAGCUAAAACUUCUGUUGCUUUUGCCAUUCCAAAACCUUGUCUUUGCCAGAAGAGUGUUGGUAACUGUUUUUAAAAGAAGUCUGUAUGAAUGUGGCAGUAUUGCACUGUGUUUGAGUAGCACAUGUAAAUGAGUAGUUCUCACUUUUGUUUUGCCAAUAAGUGACUGGAUACUUUGCAGUAUAAAGUACAUUAUUGUUCACUAGGGUAGAACAAGAAGAGAUUAUUUCUAUUUAUCAAGCUUAAAGAAUUUUAAGAAUUUAUUUCUUUAAAAAAAUCAGAUGGUUUUUUUUUUUUUUUUUUUUUUUUUUUAGUUAAAGUUCUUUACCUCAAGGAUCGAGAUGUUUUGAAUGGAUUUUUCAAGGGGGGAAAUGAUUAUUAUAAUAAUAAACCAAAAGACUUAACAGAAACUUGUCAGCUAUUCUGACAAAAAUAAACAUUUUAAGAGACUUUA